CAUGACAUUUUAAAUCAAUGAGGAAAAGAAAUCAUUUGCAGCUCACCCCCCAAUAGGCAGCAGGAAUAGGAAGUCAUUGGCAGAAUAAAAAGAUGGUAAGAACAGAAUUGUGGAACAGUACAUUUCUUGCUUCCCCACUUUUCAAAGUAUUUUUUGCUUUUACACAAGUAUGUGUAAUAUUAUUUUCUAAGUGUAUACUCAUUCUUUUGUCUCUUUCUUAGAUGAAAGAAAAGAGUUAUAUCUUUAGAAAAAGAGUUGUUAGAAUAAAGCCUCGGCAGAGUCAGGGGGCAGUGACAGCACAGAAGAGACCAGAGAAUAGCCUCCUGGAGGAGACCCUGCGCUGUGACCAUGCUGUCCGGAUGGCACCUGUGAUUACAGAGGAAACACCUUUCACCUGGAAGAUAUCAUUAAACAAGAUAAGAGAUCAGGUCCUUCAUGACACGCUGCUGUCUGGCCACGCCUCCUUUCCCUUGCAUCUUAUUGACCAAUGAGCUUGAAGCAUUAAGGCCACGCCCCUAUUCUGCAUUCUACUGUGGCCCUGGUUACGCCUCCUCUGGCUCAGUCACACAGCUACGUGGCAGGUGACUGGAGGUGUAUAGUUGUCCUCGCCUGGACUGUGCUGAUGUGGCCCCAACCCCACCGCCCUACCCAUCCCAUGAUGUCCGAAGAAACCCUACAGAAAAAAUCGGCUAAGGCCAAGGAAAAGGUAAAAUGUACCAGGUUGCAGCACCCCAACUCAGCCCCAGGCUCCCUCUGACAGCCAAACUGCUGCCAGAGUCUGUGCCACUCCUGAGGCACACCUGGCUGCCCCUCCCCCAGUGCCUCUGGGCUCCCCACACCCAAAUCUUGUGAGCCAGCCCAACCCCCUCAUGAGUCCUGCCCCUGCCCUCACCAGUCACCCCAGGGUGACUUUGAGCUGGUGACUUCUGGGGCUUCCCACUCCGUAGUCCACUCUUACCUCCUGCUACCCGAAACCCGACCUCCCUGGGGUCUUUGGGCUCAUGUCUCCAAGCACCUGGGUGCCCCAGAACCUGCCCUCCACCAGUUGCCCCAGAGUCACUUUGGACAGGUGACUCCUGGGGCUCCCUGCUCCAUACUCGGCCCUCACCUCCCACCGCCCCAAGCCUGACCUCCCUGGGCUCUUUGGGCUUGCGUCUCUAAGGACCUGGGUCCCAAUCCUGUGACCCCCCUCCCGAAUCUCAAAGCGGCAACUUGGGCAUUGCACUCACGUGUCCCCCACCACUCCACCGAGGAGUGGAAUGUAGUGAUGUCGCAGUCCCUCUAGGAACUGUCAUUACUGCAACGAGACCGUUCUCUGGACUUAGGACCCAGUCCCCUAAGUGUUUUUGCCCAUUUCAGGUUCCUCUGGUUGCAGCACAGGUUUCCAGCUGGAAGGGGAAUGGGGACCCUGGGACCUAGGAGAGAGAGGUUUCAGGCUGCCUUACUUCCUUAAUACAGACAUUGACAGUGUGAAAAGCCAACAAGUCCCCCAUGAGCUCAACACGUUAACAGUGUCUCUGGGUGGCAAUGGGAGAACAGGUUUGAUUUGGUUUUCUCCCAGGCUUCUACUCUCCAGAGAGAUUUUAA